AGACAGAAAUUACCACAAAAAACACACAAAUCCCAGUUUGGAUUAUUUAGAAAAAAAAAAAGUAAAAACACACUCCUUGAUUCCACAGACCACCAUUUUAGAUAUACAGCAUCUCUCAAGAACAAAACAAAAAGAAUAGGAAAGAAAUAAUAAAACCCCAAUCCCAUCCAUCCACCAAUUACAAACCCUAGAUUUAUUUUAUUCAGAAUCCAAUUAGGAUCCCACCAUCCUUUCCUUUCCUCCCCCUAUUUUCCCCCAUAUUUCUCGGUUUCGGCAUUAUUAAGUUUAUUUUUUUCUUUUUUCCUUGUGUGAAUCGUCCUUUCUCUUCUCACCACAUUUAAGCUUUGAUCUGGCGGUUGGUUGGUUUCAUAAUCACACCACUGUGAAUCCUUUCUCGUCUCUGAUUCGGCGCACUUGGGUUGUUCUCUGGGGACUGAAUUGUUUCUGGGUUUUGCUUUACUUCGUCCUGCGAGUGGGAAAUCAAUCUUGGGUGCGUGUCACUGAGCUUCGAUUCAGAGUGGCAAUUCAAAAAAAAAAGUUGGCCCAGAAGUUAAGGGGCCAAUUUUCCUGAAGUGGGUCUCAUCUGAAUUUGCGGGAAUUCGAGUGUCUUCCUCUCGUUCUGGGUUCGAAGUUUGAAGAUCAUUGGGUAAUAUACAGAUUUGGGGUUUCUUGAUUUGAGGGGAAGAGAAAGGGAGAUGAGAUGAGAGGGGGAUUAAGCUAUUGGGGCGUGGGGUUUAAGGAGGAGAGACAAUGAACGGAGGUUCAUUGGGGAUCCGCUCAGGGAGUUAUGGUUCAUUGGACAAACCGCAGCAACUACAACAACAACAGAACGGUGGUGGCAAUCAUCUCUUGCCAAUUCAAUCGACAAUUCGGACUAAGCCUGCUAAGAUGUUCAAGGAGAAGGAUAGAUUCUUUCAUUGGAUCCGCAAGUCCGUCGGCCGGAGGAAGGUUGGAAUGCUGCUGCUCUGCGUCAUCUCUGCCGCAGUUUUUUUCUGGGUUUUGUAUGUAGGAAAAGGUGAAGAUGCACAGGAAAGUGACCAGGUCCCAAACAUGAGUAUCAGUCCGAACAUAAGUGCCACUGUCCGCAAACAGAACACAACGACUAUGGUUUUCCCACCUCCCCCUCCUUCACAUUUUUUGGGCUACUCUCUACCUCCUGGGCAUCCAUGCAAUACUUUCACUCUGCCUCCUCCCCCAGCAGACAGGAAAAGAACUGGACCAAGACCAUGUCCAGUAUGUUACCUGCCUGUGGAGGAAGCCAUUGCCUUGAUGCCAAAGCUUCCCUCCUAUUCUCCUGUCCUAAAGGAUUUGACAUACAUCUAUGAAAAUCCACUGACCAAGAAUGGGGAAUUUGGAGGCUCAGACUUUGGUGGAUAUCCUACAGUCGCUCAGAGAACUGACUCCUAUGAUAUUAGAGAAUCAAUGAGUGUGCACUGUGGGUUUGUUAGAGGUACGAGGGCUGGCCGGAAUACUGGAUACGAUAUUGAUGAGGUUGAUCUAGAUGCCAUGGACCAGUGCAGGGGUGUGGUUGUUUCCUCAGCAAUAUUUGCGGCCUUUGAUAAUAUACAACAGCCAAGCAACAUCAGUGAGUAUUCCAAAAGAACUGUAUGCUUCUUUAUGUUUGUGGACGAUGAAACAGAAGCCUAUCUGCAAAAUAGUGGGCAAUUAGGCGAUAGCAGGAAGGUUGGGGUAUGGAGAAUUGUUCUGAUCCAUAACCCUCCAUACACUGAUGGGAGACGAACUGGAAAGAUUCCCAAGCUGCUGCCCCAUAGGCUGUUUCCAAAUGCUCGCUUCUCUAUAUGGAUUGAUGGGAAGCUUGAGCUGGUUGUUGAUCCAUAUCAAAUUCUUGAAAGGCAUCUGUGGAGAAAAAAUGCCACUUUUGCUAUCUCUCGACAUUACAAACGCUUUGAUGUCUUCACCGAAGCCGAGGCAAACAAAGCUGCAGGGAAGUAUGAUAAUGCAUCCAUCGAUUUCCAGAUUGAUUUCUACAAAAACGAAGGCUUAACCCCUUAUACUUUGGAUAAGCUACCUAUCACAUCUGAUGUUCCUGAAGGAUGUGUCGUAAUUAGGGAGCAUGUUCCUAUAAGCAACCUCUUUGCUUGUCUGUGGUACAACGAAGUUGACCGCUUUACUUCGAGGGACCAGAUCAGCUUCGCUAUAGUGAGGGAUAAGAUCAGGGCAAAGACGAAUUGGACUGUGAACAUGUUCUUGGAUUGCGAAAGAAGGAACUUUGUGGUUCAGAAAUACCAUAGAGAAGUUCUUGAGAAAAUGGAGCACAUGUCUCCACCUCCUCCAUUGCCUCUUCCACCUGCACUCCCGGAAAUACUGCCGCCCCCCAGAGUACCUCAGGAAACUCCGAUGAGACGAGGAAUAGUGAGGCGUGGCAGAAGGGUCGGACCACGGCGGCACCGGAAAGUCGUUGCCGGUGGCCGGCAGGGAGAACCAAGGUGAUGAUUGAUGGCUGAUGGAAGGCAUUUUUGUUCUGGAAAAGAGAAAGUAUCAUUCUUUGAUCUUCUUUUCCUCUCUUUGCAAAAUGAUCAAGAGUCAAGUUUCAUUGAGGGGGAUGAGAGACCACCUUUUGUGCCUAAAGAGAAGAUGAGUGUUGUAGUUCUUCUACCACAGAGAACCUCCUUCAAAGUUAUUUUACCCUCACCACUACCCUUUACUUACUUUUUUCAACACCCUCACAAAAAAAAAAAAAAAAAAAAAUCUCAAUUUAUCAAUAUUCAAUUUUUUUGUUGUAUAUAGAAACAACAUGUUGUCAUGGGUCCAAUAAAUUAUCAUGGGCUGCAGUCCUGCAAGAAAUGGUGGUGACCCUUUUUUGUUGUUACAGUUUUAUGAUAUCAAAAGAAUGUGUAUUUCCAAGCUCAGUUUCUUGAUCCGGCAAUAAAAGAUCUACCUAUACUUUCUCUCGAAACACAUUCUCGUUAGAUAGAUUUAUUGGUUUAGUUCCAUUCCACAUUGUUUGGCACAAAAUCAUCUCAGAAUCACUUGCUUACAACUCUUAGCGAAUCAGUAAGUGUGGUUUACAGAAAUUUCACCGUGAUCGUCAUUUUCUUAACUCGUCCUUCUCCUGUGGUUUAUGAGCCUAUGGUUAACACAUAUCAUGUAAAUGUACGACACAGGUUUGGUUCCUUUUGUCUAUUCAUCAACGGUUGUAUUGGAAGCUAAAAAGUAUGAUAGUGGUACAGAAACUCAUCGCCGUACCAACAUUAUUUUUUAAUUUCUUGAAUUUAAUCAAGUUAUUUUAGGGGAAUUGUGGUCUGAAAAUUUUUAUGCUUGCAUGCUUUUUAUAAAAAAAGAUUUAUUAAGUGUCUCGAAGUGAACCAAUGCAUCUUUUAUUCCAAGCUAGAAAAUUGUCAAGUGGAUUGAGUAGGUAAAAUCUAGGGUGUAUAGAUAUGUAAGGAAGUGGUUAAGUAUCAUACAUAAGCUUCUUUCAAUAAUUCGAGUUAUUGGUACCAGUUGGUUUGUGACAUGAUAUCAGAUUUGGAUAGUCCUUGAGGUCACGUGUUCAAGUCCUCACGACCCCCAAUAUUAACCGCUGUCUCAAAGCACAUGAUAUAAGGGAGCAUGUUCAAACUUCAAGCCCAUAAUUUGACUUUCGUUUGAAGGAAUGUGUAAGGAAGUGAUUAAAUAGCUUUUGUUUUUAUCCGAAUUGGGGGAAUGAACGUCCUUAAUGAAUUUAACUGUUAAGGGCAUUAUUUUAUUUUAUCUUAUUUUUACAUGUGACCGACCAAAUCAUUAGUCUAUGACACGUGUUACCUUUUCAUACGGUAUGAUUUCCAUACUAUAUGGAAUCCCUCAAGUAGACCUCCUUCUCUAACUCGGUCAGCUGAACUCGGCUCACUCGCACCGUUUUCAAUUCGUCCCUCCCGAAAUGUCCGAUCGCUAUCUUCCCGCGAAACCCAGAAAAAGGAGGGAGAGUGGAAAUUGAAAUCGGGGGAAAUUGAAACGUUUCUUUCUUUCGUCGUCCAAUGCCGCCGCCGCCGCCGAUGGUGAUAGGUUUGCUUCGAGACGAGGGUGGAAGGUCUGGCCUGGGAUUGUCUCCGGCGGACAGUUGGCGAUUCCUUGUUGGCCCUCUCCUUGGUUUUCUUUCUCGUGUAUUGCUGGAGAGAAAAGUAAGAUUAGUUCUUUGUAAAUGGUAAUGAAUAAUCUUCGAAUAA